AUGUUUCCGUUUUUCCGUUAUUACCUCUUCUUCUUCUACCUUCUCUCCUCUGUUUUUCUCUUUUCCUCUGUUUUUCCCGCCACAACUCCGCUGGACUUCACGACGGCGACUGCCGCCUUCGAUGCCAGCAACAACUAUGCCUGGAGAAACUUCGCUCGGUUCCUCGACGCCGGCGAGGGCAGCGAAGUGACCGGCAUGUCGGAGCUGAAGAAGUAUUUGAAUCGAUUCGGUUACCUUCCGGUUUCCCCUGAAAACAACUUCUCCGAUUUCGUGGACGACCAAUUCGUAUCGGCGUUGAUUCUGUACCAGAAGCGGUUAGGUUUAUCAGUCACUGGAAAGCUCGAUUCCGAAACGAUCGCGAGCAUCAUGUCGCCUCGAUGCGGAAUGAGUGACCUAAUUAAAAUCAACGAUGCAACAACGUCGACGAUUCACUCAACGCGCCGAUACGCGUUCUUCAACGGCCAGCCACGAUGGAUUCGAGCCUCGACGUUAACCUACGCUCUCUCACCAGACUACACAAUCGAAUACCUAACUUCAUCGGAAAUCCGUAACGUCGUCCGACGAUCGUUCUCGCGGUGGUCCGCGGUGAUUCCGCUGAACUUCACCGAGUCGUUAGACUACGAAUCGUCAGACAUACGAAUCGGAUUCUACCAGGGCGAUCACGGCGAUGGAGAGGCGUUUGACGGAGUAUUAGGCGUUUUAGCGCACGCGUUUUCGCCGGAAAACGGAAGGCUCCACCUGGACGCGGCAGAGAGGUGGGCGGUGGAUUUCGAAAAGGAGAAAUCGAAAGUGGCAGUGGAUUUGGAAUCGGUUGUGACGCAUGAGAUAGGGCACGUUCUUGGACUGGCUCACUCUGCGGUGAAGGAAGCAGUGAUGUAUCCGAGUCUGAGUCCGCGAGGGAAGAAGGUGGAGCUGAGGAUGGAUGACGUGGAAGGAGUCCAGGCUUUGUAUGGUUCAAAUCCCAAUUUCAAAUUGGAUUCGUUUUUGGAAUCUGAAAAGUCCACCAACACUGGAUCUUCAAACACCACUAAUUUCUUCUUCUUCUUUUUCUUCUCCUUCUUCAUUUUCGUAUGGUUUUAGCUUCUCUCUCUGUGAAAUUUGUGAGACUAAUUGAUUAGAAA